GCAUGGUUGAAUAUUGCUGACAGCAGCAGCAUUAGGGAGAGUAACAGAAAGUUGGUGGGCAUCAGAGGUUCUAGCCAGCAUGUCUGCCAACAUAAAGGUGGACCUGAGUCGCCAUGUGGGGGUUUCCCUUGGUCUGGCAGCAACAGCAGGGUUUGCAAUGGGUUAUUGCUUGUCCAGAGUCCUCUCUGCAAGCGGCAGGGCCAGCAAGGACUGCAGCCACAGCGAUGAUGCCUCAUCAGUUCUUGAUACGCCACGCACCAACGGCUCAAGCGAGGCAGAUCUGCAGAGACUUAGGAUCCAGUCAAUUCAGCAAGAUUAUCAGGAAGGGGCUUCACGGAAUGGGUCUGACAUGGAAUUGGGCGAAGACUUCCUUGUAUUGGCGCUCUUGGUCCGGAUGGACCUCCAGCUGAGUGCAGGCGCCACAGCAAAGCACUGCAGCACAGCUUGCUUGGGCCAGUUUAAGAAAUUGUACAAGAUAAAGAGCGUGGAGCUGCGACAAUGGGAAUUGACAAAUAGCAGGAAGUGGACGCUUGGAGUGAGCAGCGAGGGAGCCAUGUUGGACAUUCAGGCAGCAGCACGUAAAAGAGGCAUACCAACAAGGACGGUGGUUGAUGAGAGGUCAUUGAAAACAGUUCUGGCGCUUGGCCCUGCACCAGCCUGUGACCUGAAACCUCUACUGUUGCACCUGAAGGAAUUGUGAAGACUUGGAAUAUAAUGCUGGGAAUGUUCUUGCAAGGCCACGUCCCAGAUAGUUUAAAAAGAGCAGCCUGGAUCAGUCUCUGCUCACGUGGGAGAAUUACGAAUCUACUGAUGCCCGAUGUUGAGCUGUCAGCCACUAUUCUAUUUUCGCAAUUGUGUGAGUGUUGCUGCAUUGCUGUGUUGAGAACUGUGCACUGGGCAGCACUGCUGCAAGUAUGAAGCAUCCUGCAGCAGCAAGUUGGCUCCAUAUGGAGGGAUACGUCUUAUGUGUUGUGAGCCGCCCAGGAGCUGAGCACUGAGCAUGUUUAGAGCGUAUUUUGAGCAGCGGCACCAAAUAUGCAUGCUAUACAAUAAGUAUAGGUAUAAAUACUGAGGACCGUGCCCACGGUUGAUUGGGUUUUGCUUGGAUCUGGCGAGUCCAACAAGGGGUAGGAUCGUGCAGCCUUUAAUCGCAGCUUGUCUGCAGGACGUACCUUGCCUUUUGACAGGAAAAGCUUGUAAUAAUGAUGACAAU